GCCCAAGACCCGACAUUCUCCCUUUUCGUCGCAGUGCUUCUAUCAAGUCGCCAUAACAAUAUCAUCCCAAACUCCUACGUAUUCUCGUUAGUUAUCGUGCUGUCAAGUUGAGCAUCCGAUUGCGGGAACAGCAUAUUACAGGUCACUUCCUAAAAGGGGCAUAAUGGACGGACUUAACGACUUCCGAACGGCACGGGUUGCCGAACUGCUCGAGGAAUUCCGAGCCAUACAGUGUUGUAUCGCCGACGUUUCAGUAGACCCUCCUUACCAAAGCGAUUAUCAUACCGAAGGCUGGGCAGCCUUACGCCAAUGCGCUCUGGAUGGCCAACACAUCCUUAACUGUGCGGCAGACGUUACAGUGCCCCGAACCAGAGGUGGCGAGUUGGAACAGAAAAAGGCAGAGUUGAAGCAAGUCCUCUUAGAUGCCUACUCCCGCAGACACGAAGCCCAGAAGAUCUACUUCCGACAAGACGCAGCACAGAGAUGGAUUAACAAUAGAGAGUCAGUUCUCCAGGGCCAGCGGCCGAGCUCUGCGCAUCGACACCAACUGAGAGCUUGUGAUGAACAGCUACGACUUGAACUUUCACAGAUCACAGACGAGUACGUUUACCAAUAUCUUCAGAAUUGCGACGUCAGCAUGAGCCAUUGGACGGGCGAAGACCCAAGUCUGUCGGCGGUUCGAAGAUGGGUACGGGCACGGCCGCAAACAACUUAACAACUUAAUCGCCACGGCGAGGCGAAGUACGCAAGCACACGGCGUAUCAUACUAUUUGGAGGCUAGUGGCUCGCUGUUAGCUUCAACUUUGGCGCGAGACUACGAGACAAGUUGUACGAUGGGAAACAUUUCUUACAGGUAUGAAAGGAUUUUUUUACGAAUGUCGCCAAUAGCAAGCGGAGGAUUCAAGCAGGUGAUAUCAGGACA